UCAAUUUAGGUCAAGAUGGGGAACUCUGAGAGUCAGUAUACCUUCCAAGGGUCCAAGAAUCGUAGCAAUAAUGCCGCUGGCGCUAAGCAAAAGCCUCGCUCUCUGAAAAUACGCAGCAUUCAUGCAAAAGAUGAGAGGUCCUUGAAUGGAUGGACUCAUGGGAGCAGUGGAGCAGGCUACAAGUCCAGGUCCCUAGCCCGAAGCUGCCUUUCUCACCUUAAGAGUCACCAGCCUUAUGCCACCAGACUCAGUGGCCCCACAAGCAAAGUCUCAAAGGGCACUGCCUACUCUAAGCACAGAGCGAGCGCCCCAGGAAACGACCUCCAGAGCCACAACGGUGCUUUCUUCCCGGAGAAUGGCUUCCACUACGUGGGCCGCGAGUCAGGAGACGGCCAUAUCACCUCCAGGGACUGCUACGGGAGGAAUGAGGGCAUUGCCUCCGCCCCGUCAGGCGAGGACCGCAGGAGUCCCAGGGUGCUCAUCAAGACGCUGGGGAAGCUAGAUGGGUGUCUGAGAGUUGAGUUCCACAACGGUGGCAACCCCCACGAAGGCCCCUCAGAGGACCCCGGCGGACCCGUCCAGCUGCUGCGAUACUCUCCCACGUCAGCGUCGGAAGCCUGCCCGGUGCCCGAGGCCAGGCGGGAAUCGGGUGCGGGCUCCCUAGCCAGCCAGCGCCCUUCUCCCACUGACUCUCGCCUGCGCUCCAGCAAAGGCAGCUCCCUGAGCUCAGAGUCUUCGUGGUACGACUCCCCGUGGGGCAACGCUGGGGAGAUGAGUGAGGUGGACGGCUCCUUCCUGGCUCCCAGCACCCCGGACGCCAGCCUCCCCACCAGCUUUCCACCCAGUGACACCAAAAAGCCUUUCAACCAAAGCUCUUCCCUCUCCUCCCUCCGGGAGCUGUACAGAGACGCCAAGCUGGGGUGCCGCUCUCCCUCUGGCACCUGCCUGUCUUCCAGUGAGUACAUCGGCUCCCAAGCCGGCCUGAGCAACCGGGUCUCUUUUGCGUCGGACAUGGAUGUGCCCUCCAGGGUGGAGCACAGGGACCCCAUGCACUACAGUUCCUUCACUCUGCCCUGUCGCAAGCCCAAAGCCUUAAAUGAGGAUGCUGCCAAGAAAGACACCCUCAAAGCCAGGAUGCGGCGCAUCAGCGACUGGACAGGAAGCCUCUCCCGGAAGAAGAGGAAACUACAGGUGAGGCACCUUGGGGAGCCUCGGUCCAAGGACGGCAGUGAGUACUUCGACAGCCACUCAGAUGGACUGAACACGGAUAUGCAGGUGCCCGCCCAGCCAUCUGCCUUACUGUGGUCAGGGGGAUCAGCUCAGACCCUGCCUCACAGAAGUGAGUCUACUCAAGCGAUUGGCAGCGAUCCCCUCCGACAGAACAUUUACGAGAAUUUCAUGCGAGAGCUGGAGAUGAGCAGGACCAACGUAGAGCACGCGGAAACCUCCACGGAGACUGUGGAGUCCAGCAGCGAGUCCCUCAGCUCACUGGAGCAGCUGGAUGUGCUCUUUGAGAAGGAGCAGGGAGUGGUCCGCAAAGCCGGGUGGCUCUUCUUUAAGCCCCUCGUCACUUUGCAGAAGGAGAGGAAACUGGAGCUGGUGGCUCGGAGGAAGUGGAAACAGUACUGGGUGACGCUGAAAGGCUGUACUCUGCUGUUUUAUGAGACCUACGGGAAGAAUUGCACGGACCAGAGCAGUGCCCCGAGGUGUGCCCUCUUUGCAGAGGACAGCAUCGUGCAGUCUGUCCCUGAGCACCCCAAGAAGGAGCAUGUGUUCUGCCUGAGCAACUCCUGUGGGGAUGUCUACCUUUUCCAGGCCACUAGCCAGACGGAUCUGGAAAACUGGGUUACUGCCAUACACUCUGCGUGCGCAUCCCUCUUUGCAAAGAAGCAUGGGAAAGAGGACACUGUGAGGCUGCUCAAGAGCCAGACGAGAAGCCUGCUUCAGAAGAUUGACAUGGACAGCAAGAUGAAGAAGAUGGCAGAGCUACAGCUGUCUGUCGUGAGUGACCCCAAGAACAGGAAGGCCAUCGAGAACCAGAUCCAGCAGUGGGAGCAGAAUCUGGAAAAAUUCCACAUGGACCUGUUCCGCAUGCGUUGCUACUUGGCGAGCUUACAAGGUGGGGAGUUACCGAACCCCAAGAGUCUCCUUGCUGCCACCAGCCGCCCAUCCAAGCUGGCUCUUGGCAGGCUGGGUGUCCUGUCUGUCUCAUCUUUCCACGCUCUGGUGUGUUCUCGAGAUGACUCUGCUCUCAGGAAGAGAACACUCUCCCUUACCCAGAGAGGAAAACACAAGAAAGGCAUAUUUUCUUCAUUGAAAGGGCUGGACACUCUGGCAAGAAAAGGGAAGGAGAAGAGAGCCUCCAUAACUCAGAUGUUUGAUUCGAGUGGCAGCCAUGGACUUCUUGGAACUCAGCUACCUCAAAACUCCACUAAAUCCCAUGAGGCCCACGACCUGCAUCUGUAUGGCUCCGCAGCUGACAGCAGUCUUCGAGACAACACAUGGGAAGUCCGGGCAUACGUCCACUUCCAGGAUCACGAGGGAGUGACUGUGCUCAUCAGGCCAGAGCACAGAGUGGAAGAUGUUCUGGCUUUGGCGUGCAAGAUGAGACAGCUGGAGCCCGCUCACCAUGGCCUUCAGCUUCGGAAGGUGGUCGAUGAAAGCGUUGAGCAGCGUGUGCCUGCACCCUACGAAUACAUGCUAGAACAGGUUUAUGAUGAAAUUGAAGUCUUUCCACUCAGUGUGUGUGACGUGCAGCUAACCAAGACUGGGGACAUGACUGACUUUGGGUUUGCAGUCACAGCUCAGGUGGACGAGCAUCAGCAUCUCAGCCGGAUAUUUAUAAGCGAUGUUCUCCCCGACAGCCUGGCGUACGGAGGAGGGCUGAGAAAGGGCAAUGAAAUCACCAGCUUAAAUGGGGAAGCCGUGUCUGACCUUGACAUCAAGCAGAUGGAGGCCCUGUUUUCUGAGAAGAGCGUGGGUCUCACUCUAGUGGCCCGGCCUUCAGACACAAGAACAACCCUGUCUGCUUCCUGGUCAGACAGUGACCUGUUCUCCAGGGACCGGAAAGCUCUGCCACCCUCCCCCAACCAGUCCCAACUGCUGGAGGAAUUCCUGGAUAACUUUAAAAAAACCUCCACAAAUGAUUUCAGCAAUGUUCCUGACAUCACAACUGGCCUGAAAAGGAGCCAGACAGAUGGCACUCUAGAUCAGGUGUCCCACAGGGAGAAGAUGGAACAGACAUUCCGGAGUGCUGAACAGAUUGCUGAGCUCUGCAGGGGUUUUGCCGGCACCCACACCAACAGCAUGGAAGCACCAAUGGAGAGUCAUGACCCACCUCCCAGGCCUCUGGCUCGUCACCUCUCAGAUGCAGACCGCCUCCGAAAAGUCAUCCAGGAGCUAGUAGACACGGAGAAGUCUUAUGUGAAGGAUCUGAGCUGCCUCUUUGAACUGUACUUGGAGCCACUGCAAAAUGAGACCUUUCUUACCCAAGAUGAGAUGGAGUCACUUUUUGGGAGUUUGCCAGAGAUGCUGGAGUUUCAGAAGGUGUUCCUAGAGACUUUGGAGGAUGGAAUCUCUGCUUCCUCAGACUUCAACGUGCUGGAAACCCCCUCACAGUUUCGAAAGUUGCUGUUUUCCCUUGGAGGCUCUUUUCUCUAUUACGCAGAUCACUUUAAGCUGUACAGUGGCUUCUGUGCCAGCCACAGUAAAGUACAGAAGGUUCUAGAGCGAGCUAAGACUGACAAGGCCUUCAAGGCUUUUCUGGAUGCCCGCAACCCCACCAAGCAGCACUCCUCCACCCUGGAGUCGUACCUCAUCAAGCCUGUGCAGAGAGUGCUCAAGUACCCCCUCCUCCUCAGGGAGCUCGUGUCACUGACUGACCACGAGAGCGAAGAACACUAUCACCUGACAGAAGCACUGAAGGCCAUGGAAAAAGUAGCCAGCCACAUCAACGAGAUGCAGAAGAUCUACGAGGAUUACGGGACAGUGUUUGACCAGCUUGUGGCAGAGCAGAGUGGCACGGAGAAGGAGGUAACAGAGCUGUCCAUGGGGGAACUUCUGAUGCACUCCACAGUUUCCUGGUUGAAUCCGUUCCUGUCUCUAGGAAAAGCCAGGAAGGACAUUGAGCUCACAGUAUUCGUUUUUAAGAGAGCUGUCAUACUGGUUUAUAAAGAAAACUGUAAGCUGAAAAAGAAACUGCCCUCAAAUUCCCGGCCUGCCCACAACUCUGCUGACUUGGAGCCGUUUAAAUUCCGCUGGCUGAUCCCCAUAUCUGCACUUCAAGUUAGACUGGGGAACACAGCAGGGACUGAAAACAAUUCCAUAUGGGAGCUGAUUCAUACAAAGUCAGAAACUGAAGGACGACCAGAAACCAUCUUUCAACUGUGCUGCAGUGACAGUGAGAGCAAAACUAGCAUUGUUAAGGUGAUCCGUUCUAUUCUUCGAGAGAACUUCAGGCGCCACAUAAAGUGUGAGUUACCCCUGGAGAAGACAUGUAAGGAUCGUCUGGUACCUCUUAAGAACCGAGUUCCUGUUUCAGCCAAAUUAGCCUCAUCCAGGUCUUUGAAGGUCCUCAGAACAUCCUCCAGCAGCGAGUGGCCCAGCGAGCCCAGCAAGGGGAAUUCACUGGACUCGGAUGAGUGUAGCCUAAGCAGUGGCACCCACAGCAGUGGCUGCCCAGCAGCUGAGAGCACGCAAGACUGCAAGAGCACCGUGCUUGAGAAAGAGCCUCAUGAGGGCCUGGUAGGGUUUCCAGAUGGUCUCAUUAAAGAAAGCGACAUUCUGAGUGAUGAAGAUGAGGACUUCCACCACCCUCUGAAACAGGGCAGCCCUACUAAGGACAUUGAGCUUCAGUUCCAGAGACUGAGAAUCUCUGAGGAACCUGACAUGCACCCAGGUGGGCAGCAGCCUCCCACAGGGUCAGGGGAGCAGCCCAGGCUGGUCAGAGGCCACUUUUGCCCCAUUAAACGAAAAGCAAACAGCACCAAGAGGGGCAGAGGAACUUUGCUCAAGGCGCAGACUCGUCACCAGUCCCUGGACAGCCACCCUGAAACUGCCAACAUUGAUCUAAAUUUGGUUCUGGAGCGCGAGUUCAGUGUCCAGAGUUUAACGUCAGUUGUUAAUGAGGAGUGUUUUUACGAAGCACAGAGCCAUGGCAAAUCAUAG